AUGUUCAACAACUAUCAGCUUGUUUUGGCCUUGGUUUUUGCUAUUGAGGAGAUCAACAAAAACUCUGAAUUUUUGCAUAACUUGACUCUGGGAUUUGACAUCUAUGAUAUUUACUUCGAAGCUUGGGCAGUAUUUAAGGAUCCCUUCAUUUGGCUCUUUGGGAAAUACAAGAUUCUAAACUACUCCUGUAAAAGAGACAGCAAGUCUAUAGCAGUACUAACAAGACCAUUAGGAAUAACAUCUUCCCGCAUUGAGACAUUGCUGGAACUCUACAGAUUUCCACAGGUGAAGUUUACCUUUGGGCCUUUUGAUCAUACCCUGAGUGACCAUAAGAAGUUUCUUACUCUCUAUCAGAUGGCCCCAAAGGACACAUCAAUAGCCACUGCCAUGGUCUCCUUACUGCUUCACUUCAGCUGGAACUUGGAGGGACUCUUGACCUCAGAAGAUAAGAAUGGUUUGUGGGUUCUUGUUACAUUGAAAGAAGAGAUGGCUAAGAACAGAGUUUGCUUACACCUUUUUAUAAAGAACAUCCAAUUUUAUAAUCCUGUUGGAGAUGAAAUGAUUUUGGAUGAGAAAAGAAAAUUAGAGCCAGAGUAUGACAUUCUGAACAUUUGGAAGUUUCCAGAAGGUCUUCAACUUACAAUGAAAGUAGGAAAGUUUUCUCCAUAUGCUCUGCAUGGUAAUCAACUGUCUUUAUCUGAAGAUAUGGUAGAGUGGACCAUAGGAACUACAGUGGUGAAUAUGGACCAGUGUGUGAAGCGUCGAGAUCAUCAGUAUGCUAACACACAGAGAACCCAGUGCCUCCUGAGAGCUGCAAGUUUUCUGGCUUUUGGAGAUCCCUUGGGCAUGGGUCUGGCCUGCAUGGCUCUUUGCUUCUCUAUGCUCACUGCUGUUGUUCUUGGGCUGUUUGUGAAACACCAUGACACUGCCAUUGUCAAGGCCAAUAACAGGACUCUCAGCUACAUCGGACUCAUCUCCCUCAUCCUCUGUUUUCUCUGUUCCUUGCUGUUUCUUGGCUGACCCAACACAGUCACCUGCAUCCUGCAGCAAACUGCCUUUGGAAUUGUAUUUACUAUGGCUAUUUCCACAGUGUUGGCCAAAACAGUGACUGUGGUUCUGGCCUUCAAGGCCACUUCUCCAGGGAGAUGGAUGAGGUGGCUACUGGUAUCAGGGGCCCCUAACCUCAUCAUCCCAGUCUGCACCCUCAUCCAGGUGACCCUGUGUGGAGUCUGGCUGGGAACUUCUCCUCCCUUUGUGGACAACGAUGCACACUCUGAACAUGGUCAUAUCAUUGUCCUGUGCAACAAGGGCUCCCUCACUGCCUUCUACUGUGUCCUAGGAUACCUUGGCUUUCUGGCCCUGUCCAGCUUUACCAUGGCUUUUCUGGCCAGGAAACUGCCUGACACCUUCAAUGAAGCCAAGUUCCUGACCUUCAGCAUCUGUAGUGUGUGGCUCACCUUACUAUCUGUCUAUUACAGUGCCAAGGGGAAGGUCAUGGCGGCUGUGGAGGUCUACUCCAUCUUGGCCUCUGGUGAGGGUCUUAGGCUUCAUCUUGGCCCAAAGUGUUAUAUAAUUUUGUUAAUCCCAAUUAGAAAUUAA